CCGCCGCCGCCGCUGCCGCCAUCUGUCAUCUCAGCCUCAACACCAGCAAGCCCGUCGCCCCUGCUCCGCUGCCUGUCUUCUCUGCUUCGCGGUUGUGCCACCUCUCUGCUCUCUUCUCGUCGCGGACUGCUAUCCUCACAUGGAUCUAGUCGGAGUAGCAUCUCCUGAGCCCCGGCAAGCGGCGGCCUGGGAUGCCAACAAGUGUCCAUGGGCUACCCCUCAAAAUACAAUAUCCUGUUCUUUGGCUGAUGUAAUGAGUGAACAGUUGGCUAAAGAAUUACAGUUAGAAGAAGAAGCUGCUGCUUUCCCUGAAGUUGGUGUUGCUGAAGGACCAUUCGUUACUGGAGAAAACAUUGACACUUCCAGUGACCUAAUGCUGGCUCAGAUGCUACAGAUGGAAUUUGACAGAGAAUAUGAUGCACAGCUUAGGCGUGAAGAAAAAAAAUUCAAUGGAGAUAGCAAAGUUUCCAUUUCCUUUGAAAAUUACCGAAAAGUACAUCCUUAUGAAGACAGUGAUAGCUCUGAAGAUGAGGUUGACUGGCAAGAUACCCGUGAUGAUCCCUAUAUGCCAGCAAAACCAGUUCCUACUCCAAAAAAGGGUUUUAUUGGGAAAGGAAAAGACAUCACUACCAAACAUGAUGAAGUAGUAUGUGGGAGAAAGAAUACAGCCAGAAUGGAAAAUUUUGCACCUGGAUUUCAGGUAGGAGAUGGAAUUGGAAUGGAUUUAAAAUUAUCAAACCAUGUUUUCAAUGCUUUAAAACAACAUGCCUACUCGGAAGAACGUCGAAGUGCCCGCCUCCAUGAAAAAAAGGAACAUUCUACUGCAGAAAAAGCAGUUGAUCCUAAGACGCGUUUACUUAUGUAUAAAAUGAUCAACUCUGGAAUGCUGGAGACAAUCACUGGCUGUAUUAGUACAGGAAAGGAAUCUGUUGUCUUUCAUGCAUAUGGAGGGAGCAUGGAGGAUGAGAAGGAAGAUAGCAAAGUAAUACCUCCAGAAUGUGCCAUCAAGGUAUUUAAAACAACCCUUAAUGAGUUUAAGAAUCGUGACAAAUAUAUUAAAGAUGAUUUCAGGUUUAAAGAUCGCUUCAGUAAACUAAAUCCACGUAAGAUCAUCCGCAUGUGGGCAGAAAAAGAAAUGCACAAUCUCACAAGAAUGCAGAGAGCUGGAAUUCCUUGUCCUACAGUUGUUUUGCUCAAGAAACACAUUUUAGUUAUGUCUUUUAUUGGCCAUGAUCAAGUUCCCGCCCCUAAAUUAAAAGAAGUAAAGCUCAGCAGUGAAGAAAUGACAGAAGCCUACUAUCAAACUCUUCACUUGAUGCAACAGUUAUAUAAUGAAUGUACACUCGUACAUGCCGACCUCAGUGAAUAUAACAUGUUGUGGCAUGCUGGGAAGGUCUGGUUGAUCGAUGUCAGUCAGUCUGUAGAACCAACCCAUCCUCAUGGCCUGGAGUUCCUGUUCCGUGACUGUAGGAAUGUCUCACAGUUUUUCCAGAAAGGAGGAGUGAAGGAAGCCCUCAAUGAACGAGAACUCUUUAAUGCUGUUUCAGGCUUAAAUAUCUCAGCCGAUAAUGAAGCUGAUUUCUUAGCUGAGAUAGAAGCUUUGGAGAAAAUGAAUGAAGAUCAUGUGCAGAAGAAUGGAAGGAAAGCUGCUUCAUUUUUGAAAGAUGAUGGAGGGCCGCCAGUCUUAUCUGAUGAAUAACAGCAGUAGCCAUUGCUUUCUCUUAAUGUUAACACAGCGGUGAUUGUCAUCUGCCAAUGACAAAUGAAGCUAUGGGUGACUUGAAAUACCAAAAGCCUGAGGAGUGUACAAUGGUGCUUCUGUGCUUUUUCCCCCUUGUAACCCAUGUGCCAGAUGUGUGGAAUUUUUAGCUCGGUAUUGCGAGAAUAAAAUGUCACUACCUCUCCUCUUAUGAACAGGAUAAUAUAAUUCUUUAACAGCUUCAGGUGACCUAGCUGAAAUAGACCUGAUUUUACAGGAUUCAUGGUGUGAAAAAAUUUUAAAUUCAGAUAACAUUUCCAGAUAUGGGAGGAAAAGGACAGAUGUGUUUAAUUUGUAAGAGAGGUUUUUAUUACAUUUUAUUAACUGCAACAUUACCUAAAAUCAACCCUUCUCAAUUCAUUUUUCCAGUUUGUAACCAUGAUUCUAAAGGAAAAUUUAUUCUUUUAGUAGGUAUUAUAAGCAAACAGAAAUGUGUCUUCAGAAUGGCUGAUAGAUAUAAGCAAAGUACAUUUUAUUGGUACAUAAUGAAUAUCAACUAUAUUUUACUCUUUCACACUGAUAUCCAAGAAAAGACAUCAUGGGUUUCUCAAAGAGAUUAUAAGAACUCAAAGUGAUUAUAAGAAUUUAACUUUUCAGUUUUUUUAAAUUUCACUCUUCAGCGUUUUCACAUUUAAUGAAAGUGGUUAGGAUUGUGGUUCAUAGUGCAGCUGUUCAGCAUUUAUGAUGAGAAUAGAAAUUACCUGGAACCAUUUAAGAAAUAUGGAAGGGCAGAUUACAAAAUUUAACCAAGUUUGGCAUGUUUUAGUGAAGUCAUUUUAAACCAUACAGUUAUUGAUUGAUUUUGAGAGAAAUGUAGCAAGUGACUUAAAGCUAAAAAGUAAUCAGAUGAUGAGAAGUAUGUAUAAAACAACCAAAUGCCAAAUUAACCAACUAACUUGAACUAUCUGGGUAUUAUUACUUUUGCUGAUUUUUAAUACUGGCAGCCACUUUUUAAAGAAAACAUGGCUGGGAAAUCACAUUGACUUUGUUAGGGUUGAAGUUCAUUAUGGACUACAACAGUCUGUCGUUCUCUUACUGAAGUCAGAUUGGAACCAUGAAAGACUCAGAUUUCUGUCUGGUAAUAGAAAGUAAAAUCUAAAUGUCAUUUACACUUAAAGACUUCUUUAACAUUAUUUUAAAAUGCCAAAUACUUUAUUUCUAAAAUUUAUUUAUUUUCACUUCUGUUGUAUAACUUCUAACUGCAUUUCAGGGAAGUGUGAUUUGGAUCAUUAAUCAAUCAUUACAUUUCUGAAAUGUUUACUAUUCUGAAACAAAGAUUUAGAUGACAGGAAUUUCAGAGAACUAAUUUUAAAAACCAUUAACUAUUUAAAACUUUUUUGUUUUGUUUUCUGACAUACUCUGUUUGACAAAGAACAGCAAACCAUUGCUGUCUGGCAUUCUUAGAGUGUGCUGUGAACAUGCUUUUUAAGAGAUUAAAAAUGAAGAGAUC